CCUCUUGUCCGUGCUUCCUAGACACGUGGCGGAGACGAUGCGCCAGGACUGGGGCCGCAUGGACGUGGGGCAGUUCAAGAAAAUCUACAUGAAACGCCACGAGAACGUCAGCAUUCUCUUCGCCGACAUCGUGGGCUUCACGGCCAUCUCGUCCACCUACUCGGCCUACGAUCUCGUGCACAUGCUGAACGAGCUCUUCGCCUCAUUCGACAGACUGGCCGAUAAAUAUAAGCAGCUGCGCAUCAAGAUCCUGGGCGACUGCUACUACUGCAUCUCGGGAUGUCCUGAGGAGCGAGAGGACCACGCCGUGCAGUCGGUGUACAUGGGCCUGUCCAUGGUCACUGCUAUUCAGUCGGUGCGCGAGUCCACGCGGUCAACGGUGGACAUGCGGGUCGGCAUCCACACCGGCGCAGUUCUGGCCGGAGUCAUGGGUCAGAAGCAGUGGCAGUUUGAUGUGUAUAGCAAGGACGUGGAGCUGGCCAACAAGAUGGAGAGCUCCGGCAAGCCAGGGAGCGUGCACGUCUCCAACAAGACGCUGGAAAAGCUGGGGGACGCCUUCCAGGUGGAGCCGGCCUUUGCCGAGAGGCGGGAGCCGUUCCUGCGGAGGGCGGGUCUCACCACCUUCUUCAUCCUCAAGCCCAACACGCCGCAGUGCAGCACGCCGCUGCCAGGCCGCGAGAACGGAAACGAAGCGCGCACCGACAGUGGGCCUCGCGACUCGGCACCCAACGAGAACCAUGAGGAUCCGGGGUUCCCUGCCAACGGCGAGGCAAGGCUGAGUUAUGGCAGUCAGCUGAGAGCGGGCAUCGUGUCCCGCCAGCUGCUGAGGCACCUUCGUCCGCACGUGCGGUGGUUUACACUGCACUUCACAGACGACGAGAUCGAGCGCGAGUACCGGGCCAACCGCGAGCCCACGUACGGUCUCAGCGCCAUCUGUCUGCCCAUCGUCCUCUCAUUUAACGCCAUCAGCCAGGGCAUCAUCACGCCCAGCACUAUCUACACAGUAACCACUCUCUUCGCGGGUGUCCUGCUGCUGCUGAUCAUGACUCUAUUUAUCUUACCAGCCCAAUGGACAAAGCGCAUGCCCCGCUGGCUGGUCUCCCUGAGCUCCGUGGUGCAGUCUUCCAACACGAGGACGGUCAGCUGGGUCGUCAGCAUGAACAUCCUGCUCGCCCUCUGCAACCUCGUUGACAUGGUGAUGUGUCCGCUGAACGGAGGUGUGGUGGUGCGAAGCGCCGGAGCCGGAGCCGGAGCCGGAGCCGGAGCCGGAGCCCCGAACGCCACGGCGGUGCGCUGCCCGGUACUGCCCUCUGACGUGCAGCCUCAUCUGAGCUGCACUCACCCGGCCUACUUCACCUUCUUCUGCGUGCUCAUUCUGUGCACGUACCCGGCGCAGAUCGAGCUGCGCCACGUGACCAAGCUGCCGCUGCUGCUUGCCACGGCGGUGCUGCACGCCUGGGUCAACGUGGCCUGGCUCGGCGAGGUCCUGGACUGCGUCGGUACCACCGUCUACAGAUAUCACGGGCUGAUGCCGGAGAAGUACGAGCUGUGCCUGGUGCUGGCUGUCACCUGUGUGGUGGUCAUCGUGCUGAACGUGCAGACGGACGUGACGUCACGCGCCGCCUUCCUGUGGAAGCGCGAGAUGGCCCAGCAACAGCUGCAAGCCGCCAGCCUCCAAGAGAAGAACGAAUCACUGGUGCAGAACCUGCUGCCGCAGCAUGUGACGCAGCACUUCCUGAAGGUGGACAUGACCACCAGCCAGCACGAGGAGCUGUACGCUCAGUCGUUCGACGAGGUCGGCGUGCUGUUCGCAUCCAUGCCCAACUUCGCCGAUUUCUACUCCGAGGAAUCUGUAAACAACCAGGGGUUGGAGUGCCUCCGGUUCCUGAACGAAGUCAUCUCGGAUUAUGAUGCCGCAUCAACCACGGUCCGGUGACGGCUGGCGUCAUCGGGGCCCGCAAGCCGCACUACGACAUCUGGGGCAACACGGUCAACGUGGCGUCGCGGAUGGAGAGCACCGGCCAAGCCGGCCAGAUCCAGUGCACGGGCGAGACUAAGGAGAUCCUCGAGCUGUAUGGCUACACGUUCGAGCAGCGCGGCAUCAUCUUGAUCAAGGGCAAAGGUCAGCUGCUGACCUACUUCCUGACCGGUCGCGGAUCGCCCGCGGCGCCCACGACCGCUUGCCCCGGCGCUGCCGAGGGCGUCGUGUUAACGGACCUAGCGACCUCCGAGACAGAUCCGACGCAGCCCGCGCCGCCGCGCCAGACCCCCUGAGCAGCUGCCGUCGCCAUGGUGACGUCACACCGUCCGAGUGACGUCACUGCGGUGGUUUUAGGGGCGGCGGGCCGCGGUUGGGCGUAUCAUGUCAUCGAUUCGGUACAGCCUCGAUGUGAUGUGGAUGUGAUGUCGAAUGGUGUCCAUUCAUUCUGUUGUGUGAUAUCGGUCCGAGGCGUAUUGACGUCAUCGAUUGUUGUCAUUUCCUAGCGCGUUGAUCUCCGCUCUUGUCGGUUCUCUGCCUGUCUUCGCACUGUCAGAAUGCAACUGCUGUUUGUGUCAGGUGCGGUGCGAGGACGAAUAUACCUUA